AUGGCGGCGGAGCGGCAGGGCUCAGGUGGCGGCCGUGGAGGAGCAGCAGCAGCAGCAGGAGGAGGCGGAGGAGGAGGCUCAGGUGGCGGCCGCGGAGGAGGAGCGGAGGAGAACAAGGAGAACGAGAGACCGGCGGGACCGCAGCCUGGCGGCCUCGGCGACAGCUUGGGCCUGGAGAUCCUUCAGAUUGUGAAGGAGUCUCAGCAGCAGCACGGUUUGCGACAUGGAGACUUCCAGAGGUACAGGGGUUAUUGCUCCCGCAGGCUGAGGCGGCUCCGAAAAACACUCAACUUCAAGAUGGGAAACAGGCACAAGUUCACGGGGAAGAAAGUAACUGAAGAGAUUCUCUCAGACAACAGGUAUUUGCUGUUGAUUCUGAUGGAUGCAGAGCGAGCCUGGAGUUACGCCAUGCAGCUGAAGCAGGAAGCAAACACGGAGCCUCGCAAACGAUUCCACUUGCUGUCGCGCCUGCGCAAAGCCGUGAAACACGCUGAGGAGCUGGAGCGGCUGUGUGAGAGUAACAGAGUGGAUGCUAAAACAAAGCUGGAAGCUCAGGCGUACAUGGCGUACCUCACAGGGAUGCUUCGCUUCGAACACCAGGAGUGGAAGGCAGCAAUGGAGGCUUUCAACAAAUGCAAGACCAUAUAUGAAAAACUGGCCAAUGCUUUCACAGAAGAACAAGCUGUACUGUAUAACCAGCGUGUGGAAGAGAUCUCGCCCAACAUUCGCUACUGUGCCUAUAAUAUUGGUGACCAGUCUGCCAUGAAUGAGUUGAUGCAGAUGAGGCUGAGGUCUGGUGGCACUGAAGGUCUUCUUGCAGAAAAACUGGAGGCACUGAUUACCCAGACUCGAGCAAAGCAGGCGGCCACGAUGAGCGAGGUGGAGUGGAGAGGAAGAACCGUUCCGGUGAAGAUAGACAAAGUGAGGAUCUUCUUGCUGGGGCUGGCUGACAACGAAGCAGCGAUUGCUCAGGCAGAAAAUGAGGAGACAAAGGAACGUUUGUUUGAAUCUUUACUCAGUGAGUGUAGAGAUGCCAUUCAGGCUGUUCGGGAAGAUCUGAAACCAGACCAGAAGCAGCGGGAACACUCUCUGGAAAAUGAUUCUGGGAAGGUGUCCAACAUCCAGUACUUACACAGUUACUUGACUUACAUCAAGCUGUCAACAGCCAUCAAGCGCAACGAGAGCAUGGCGAAGUCUCUGCAGAAGGCACUGCUGCAGCAGCAGCGGUCGGAAGAGGACGGCAAGCGCACGCCGCGGCCUCAGGACCUGAUCCGUCUGUACGAUAUCAUUUUGCAGAACCUGGUGGAACUGACACAGCUUCCUGGCCUAGAAGAGGACAAGAACUUCCAGAAAGAGAUUGGGUUGAAGACACUUGUGUACAAAGCUUACAGGUGUUUCUUCAUUGCCCAGUCUUAUGUCCUGGUAAAGAAAUGGAGUGAAGCUCUUGUUUUAUAUGAGAGAGUGCUGAAAUACGCCCGCGAGGUUCAGUCAGGAGCUGGAGCUUAUACGAACAGCUUGAAGGAGCUGCCCGAUGUUCAGGAUCUGAUCACUCAAGUCAAUGCGGAGAAAUACUCCUUGCAAGCAGCAGCUAUUUUAGAUGCAAAUGAUACUCACGAGACUGAGUCUCCAUCUCAGGUCAAGGAUGGCAAGCCUCUCUCGGAACGGUUUGAGACUUUCUGUCUGGAUCCUUCUCUGGUCAGCAAACAAGUCAGCCUCGUCCACUUCCCUCCGGGCUUCCAGCCCAUUCCCUGCAAACCCUUGUUCUUUGACCUGGCCCUUAAUCAUGUUGCUUUCCCACCUCUGGAGGACAAGGUGGAGCAGAAGGCCAAGAGUGGCCUCACUGGAUAUAUAAAGGGCAUUUUUGGAUUCAAAAGUUAACCAGGACCCCCAGAGGAACAGAGGUUUUAUCCUGUAUUGAAGGGAAAGCUCCAAGAGGUUCUAGAACACAAAUAUCUGCACCUGAAACUGACAGAGGGAGGUUUUACCACCUUUUUCCCUGUGUUCUGUGUAUAUGUCUGUGCACUUACAUUCUCUCCCAGUAUUUUAAAGACAAAACAAUCUACUUGGAAACACACGUACACUAUAAAUAGCUGAAAAUAACCUGGACCACAGAAAAAUCCUAUUCUGUUUGGGAAGUUGGAGCUUGCUUUGUGACCAGUGGCCUGUUCAGGGCCAGUGCACACCUCCUUAGCAUGGACCAGGGCACAGGUAUAAUUUGAUUCCUCCCCUUGCCCCGAUAUUUGACACUGUAAUUUGGUAUUUUGGUCUAGAAAUCUGGGUGUGAUGGGGAACCAGAGGCAAAAGUAGAUGCAGAACUAAACCAGCAAGAUGAGGCUGCCUACCUGAAGGCUAUGAAACACUAGCCAAGGGGGCUAACUUCCCUUUUCACUCCCAGUCCCCACUGAGAAACGUUAUAUGUAGUUAUGUAAAGAGAAGUCUUGGUAUUUUUAAAAAACGUGAUAUUCAGAAAUGACAAAAUAGAGCCUUUUUCUUUGUUGAUAAGGAUGGCAAACACCUUUCCCAAUGUUAAUGGUUACCCCAGUUGUGGUGGAGUAUAACGUGAGUUUGUGCUCUGGGCUGAUUGAUUCUUCUUUAUUGAUACACAUUUUGUUAAAUACCCAAAUGCAGUAUAGAACCCAUUCCUACAAGUUUUUUCUGGGAAAACUUGCUUCACGGGUGGCUUUAGAAAUAGCUACUUGCUCUUCAUGGGAAAGUUGGGUCUCUCAGUGUUCCUAUUGUCUCUGAUCUAAACCUUGCCUGAAAACAAGAUGAUCUUUUUCUGGAGUUCAUCUGCUGCUUUUCCUUUGUCCUCAGUCAGUAGAUAGGCCUGAAAUGAGGAAUAAGCAAUGGGAACCUGGUAGGUUCUCGAGUGAUGGAUCUUCUGUCAUGCCAGCCAGCUUUUUUAUAAAGCACCCAGGUGCUAUGGUGAUAGGCACUUGCAAAAUGCAGGUGAUUUCAUAAUUGUCAUCAUUCAAACAGGAAAAAAAAAAAAAACCAACACACAGCACGUGGGCAGAACUGUUCCAAAUAAAGUAUUUGGAAGUUUCUACCAGCAGUGUUUGGGUUUUCACUCAGUCUGUAGCUGGAAGGUGACACAGCAGUUUGUUCUUGCUGCCUUAAUUCUUCUGCACCGGUUGUCUUGACUUGGCGUUGUUUUGCCAUUUUUUAGGGAUCGGGAUUAAUAGGGGUGGAAACAGAAGAAUUGGUUAAAAUGGUCGGAUUGUUGUUGUCAUGGGGAAUUUUCCAUGCAAGGUGCGUGUCAGAUGGAUGGGGGGAAUCACCAGUUUAGACAAGGGAAGGUCACACAAUGACCGGCGCAGACAUCAGCUGGUUGAUCUCCUUCGUGGUACCUCUUUCUGUCUAUGUUAAUCUGAGCUUCUCUCCCCUUUUUGGCUUUUAUAUUAAAUCACUUUGAGAACUGUUCUCCUGUUUGGUUUGCAAACCAAACUCCUUUCUGCUUUCCUACCACAAAUCUAUGUGGGGCCUGGAUUGAUUCCAGUGAAACUUGUGCUGCUGCCACUUUCUAAUCGGUUACCGUUUGAAAAGAGCUAAGAGCAAUUGGCCUUUUUGUGUUGAACAUCUUUUUGACAGAUAACUGAUUAGCUGAACGCAGAUAAGAAAUCUGAAAACAAUAAAGUUUUAUUCCUGA